AAGGAGAUUAUGGUUUGGUCUCUCAUGGCUGCCCCAUGCUCAAGGCAGUGCAUGAAUUCAACAUCAUAGGGGGAACUCUACCUCCUCCAAUCGGAAGUUUUUCAUCUCGGCCGCAAUGGGGCCGUUUCUUUGCGACGGCCGGAGGUUUACACUAGGGUUUGGGAGUGACUGAAAAUGACGGAUUGUGGGGUAAGUUUUACAAUUACAUUUGAGAAUUCGUUGAUUUUAUUCACCACCACAUGCAUGUUUCUACCAUAUACCAACAAGAAUAGUGGGGCAGAACAACACAAAGAUGAUAAUGAAUGAUUUAACAUUUGGUCAAAAUAGUAGACUUUAAUUACGUUUGGUUGGAAUUUGCAUUAAUUAACACGCUCACAAGAAAACUUGGACGAAUAAGCCGUGUGAAUUGAAUUUGGUUUGAUAAAAUGGAAAUUAUUAGGACUAACCAUUAGUGGUUGAAUUUGCAUCUAUUAGCAAAGCACAUUGGAAGAAUUGGAUGAUUGUCGAAGUGGUAGUCAACUAUGUAGCCCCGACACCUCUGAAAACAAGUGUGUCUGUCUCAGAAUCGUAUUCAAAAUUAACACCAACACUAAUGAUUUUGUUUAAUUAAUCAUUUUUUUUUUCAAAUUAGAACUAUAUCGACGUGUCAAUGUUGUGUUUCCGGUGGGUGUCUGUACUUCAUAGGUAGUCAAUUGUGGCUAGACUAAUGUACAGAGGUGGGUGUAUUGGAAAUUGUCGAUGGUCGAAGUGGUAGUUAAUAGGGCUAGACUGGUCGUCGUAGGUGGAUGUUGUGGCAAUUGAUGAUGGUCGAAGUAGUAGUUUUAUAGUGGCUAGACAGGUGAUCAGAGGUGGGUGUAGUGGUAAUCGACGAUGUCCGAGGUGGUGGUCAAUAGUGGCUAGACCUAUGAUUAGAGGUGGAUGUAGUGGUAAUGGACGAUGGUUGAACAGCUGUCAAUAGUGGCUAGAUUGGUGAUCAGAGGUGGAUUUAGUGGUGGUCGAAGUGGUGGUUGUUGGUGUUCUAAGUGGUGGUCGACGUACUAGUCGAUGGUUAUUGGAUUGCUGACCGAAGGUUGAUACAGUGAUGGUCAAUAUUGUUCAAAGUGGUGGUUAAUAAUGAUCAUAGUAGUGGUCGCAUUAGUGGUCAGCGGUGGUCUAAGUGGUGGUCAAGGUGAUGGUUGUUGGUGUUCUAAGUGGUGGUCGACGUACUAGUCGAUGGUUGUUGGAUUUCUGACCGAAGGUGGAUACAGUGAUGGUCAAUGUUGUUCAAAGUGGUGGUGAAUAAUGAUCAUAGUGGUGGUCGCAUUAGUGGUUGGCGGUGGUCUAAGUGGUGGUCAUUUUAGUAGUAAGUGGUGGUCAAAUUUGCUGCAAGUAGGAAAGCUCUAAUGAAGGUAGCCCGAAUUUGCCACAAGCAAGUGGGCUAGGGUCAAACCGAAAUUAAAGUGGAAUUUACAAGAGAUAAAGUUAAAGGGAUAGUACAAAGCAGUAAAUUGGGAAAACUCACACAAACAGUGGAGAGGUGCUAAUGCUAAUUGUCAAUUUACCUCCUAAAAUUUUCAACAUUCAUACUUUUUUUUCCUCUCUCUCCCUAUUCUUUCCACCGUUCAUCUUUUGGUCAACAUAGCAAGCUUUAAGCUGAGUAGACUAGAUUAUACACCACUGACUUGUUGGUUUUGUUUGGAAAUUGCAUCAAUUUCUACGCACAAGGGAAGACUUGGCCGACUAUGCCGUGUCAAUUGAAUUUGGUAUUUGAUAAAAUGAAAAAUGAUCAGGACAAACCCUCACAAACACAAUGGAGAACAUCCAUAAGGUGUUAUUGGUAAUGCUAAUCUUCUUUUGCUCCACCAUACCCACUUUCUCUAAUCAGAACACUCUCACUCCAAAUCAGUUUAUUCAACAUAAUGAAACACUUGUUUCUGCAGGUGGAACCUUUGAAGCAGGAUUUUUCAAUUUUGGAGAUCCCCAACGCCAAUACUUCGGUAUAUGGUACAAAAGCAUAUUACCUAGGACUAUUGUGUGGGUUGCUAAUAGAGAGACUCCUGUACAAAACUCAACAGGAUUGCUGAAACUAAAUGAUCAGGGAAAUCUUGUUAUUCAUGAUGACUCGAAAGGCGUUGUUUGGUCCUCCAAUUCAUCGAGAAUUGUGGUGAAACCAGCUGCAGUGCAGUUGUUGGAUUCAGGAAACCUUGUUGUGAAAGAUGCAAACAGCACUGUGAACUUUUUUUGGGAAAGUUUUGAUUAUCCUGGUAACACUUUUCUUGCUGGAAUGAAGCUGAAAAGUAAUUUAGUAACUGGUCCAUAUAAAUAUCUCACAUCUUGGAGAAGCUCUGAAGAUCCUGCUGAAGGUGAAUGCUCACAUAGGAUAGAUACGCAUGGUUUUCCUCAACUGGUUACUGCAAAGGGAGCAACAUUUCUAUAUAGAGCAGGGUCAUGGAAUGGAUUUCUUUUCACUGGUAUUUCUUGGCAAAGAUUGUCUAGAAUCUUGAAUUACUCGGUAGUGUUCACCGACAAAGAAUUCUCUUAUCAGUAUGAAACUAUGAACAGUUCAAUUAUUACUAUAAUGGUGUUAGAUCCUUCCGGAAAUUCACAGCGUCUUCUUUGGUCCAAUAAGUCACAAGUUUGGGAGGAUAUAGCUAAUCGUCCUGCAGACCUGUGUGAUAAUUAUGCCUUGUGUGGUAUCAACUCUAACUGCAAUAUUAAUGACUUUCCAAUAUGUGAAUGCCUGGAAGGUUUCAUGCCAAAAUUUCAAACAAAGUGGGACUCAUCAAACUGGUCUGACGGGUGUGUAAGGAAAACACAUUUAAACUGUCUCCGCGGAGAUGGAUUUUUGAAGUACACAAGCAUGAAGUUGCCAGAUACGUCAUCAUCGUGGUUUGACAAGAGCAUGAGCCUUGAGAAAUGCAAGACUGUGUGUUUGAAAAACUGUUCUUGCACUGCGUAUGCAAAUUUGGAUAUCAGAUAUGGUGGUAGUGGCUGCUUACUUUGGUUUGACAACAUUGUCGACAUGAGAGUUCAUCCAGACCAAGGGCAAGACAUUUACAUAAGACUCGCAUCUUCAGAAUUUGAUCAUAAAAAGAAUACGAGGAACUUGAAGCGUGCUGGGACUCUUGCAGGAGUUAUUGCAUUCAUUAUAGGACUGACCAUUAUUGUAUUGGUCACAUCAGCGUAUAAAAAGAGGCUUGGUAAGCCAGGAUGCAUAAAAGUGUUACUUCACAAGAAGGAAAAGGAAGAUGUUGACUUGGCAACAAUAUUUGACUUUUCGACCAUUGCUAAUGCAACAAAUCACUUCUCUAACAGAAACAAGUUAGGAGAAGGUGGUUUUGGACCAGUGUACAAGGGCAUAAUGGUAGAUGGCCAAGAGAUUGCUGUUAAGAGGCUUUCUAAAACAUCAGGACAAGGAACUGAGGAAUUCAAAAAUGAAGUAUUGUUGAUGGCAACACUUCAACACCGUAAUCUUGUAAAACUUCUUGGUUGUUCUAUACAACAAGAUGAAAAGUUAUUGAUCUACGAAUUCAUGCCCAACAAAAGCCUGGAUUGCUUUAUUUUUGAUGCCACACGAAGUAAAUUACUAGAUUGGAGAAAGCGCUUAGAAAUUAUUGAUGGGAUUGCUCGGGGUCUGCUGUAUCUCCAUCAGGAUUCUACGCUAAGAAUCAUACAUAGAGAUCUCAAAACCAGCAAUAUUCUUCUUGAUAUUGAUAUGAUCCCAAAGAUUUCAGAUUUCGGUUUAGCGAGAUCAUUUAUGGGAGACCAAGCUGAGGCUAAUACAAAUAGAGUGAUGGGAACAUAUGGAUAUAUGCCUCCAGAAUAUGCAGUGCGUGGAUCCUUCUCAAUAAAAUCUGAUGUUUUUAGCUUUGGAGUUGUUGUACUUGAGAUAAUUAGCGGUAAGAAGAAUAGCGGAUUUGAUGACCCUCAAAAUCAUCUAAACCUUCUUGGGCAUGCAUGGAGACUAUGGAUUGAAGAAAGGCCACAUGAGUUCAUAGCUGAUAUAUCUUAUGAUGCGGAUAUCUGUUCAGAAAUAAUAAGAUUUAUUCAUGUUGGUCUAUUGUGUGUACAACAGCAACCCGAAAAUAGGCCUAACAUGUCAUCCGUAGUUUUUAUGUUAAAAGGUGAAAAAUUACUCCCCAAACCAAGUGAGCCCGGGUUCUAUGGAGGAAGAGAUGAUAUAAAUAACACAGGAUCUUCUUCAAAGGGUUGUUCAAUAAAUGAAGCUUCGAUGUCAUUGUUAGAGGGCCGAUAGAAUGCCACUGUGUUACAUGGGUGAAAUAUUGUUCAAAUGAGCUAAAAUUUGGCUUUGGCACAUAUGAAGAUAUAUAGAUCAUAGAUUACUAGUGUUGUUGUACAUGUGUAAUUUGAUGUUAGUAUGACUCUAGAGUGGAAAGCAGAGUUAAAAAAAUUCGUCUGAAGAAGAUGCCAUUUAUAUAUGAUACUAUAAAUAAAUUAUUGUUGCAAAUGUAAUAGAAUUUUAAAGGAAAAUUUGAAAACAUACAUGGACUAUACUGGCUUACUCAAAAUUGAAUAUAUGCUUACAUUACUAUUUAAAAAUGUCC